CGUCCUCAAACAUCCCAGCGAAUAUAAGCGAGUUCCACAAGAUGAGUUUUACACUGUCAGACCCGACAACUUCCAACAAGAUGUGGGCUCCUAGUGGGGGAGUCGUUUGUUUGGCGUUUCUUCUCACCAUCACAGCUGUCUACGGGGCUGUUGUCUCCACUGGCUCUCUACAACAGGAUGUUCCCACACGCGUGCGGCUGUACAAACGAUCUGUGGAAGCAGUUCCAAUAAGGACAAAUGAAGCAGGAUUCAGAUAUCUCCCGCCAGGUGUCGCGACAGACACAAUAGAGUGGCUGGACCCUCCAUUCCGACCGCUGUCACUUACGUCACAGGUCACCAACGAUGCCAUAUCGGUUACAUUCCAGGUCAAACACGUGACCUCUGGGAUAGUGACCAAACCCCUGGCGACCGUACAGCCCCGGGAGAUCACAGUGAGACAUUUGCCCGCGGGAGAGGGCACGUCAAACGUUACUUUCACCAUAGACGCCAGCUACUGUAAAAGCAACAGAGAAUCGGCCACUUUCUGGUUUGAGGGAAAUGGCAGGAAUGAGAACAACCUCCUUUCUGUUAAAGUUCUCGUCUGCAAUUUCGAAUUGACCCCAGAAUUUAGAAUCUCCCAAAUUAACCCCGAGGAAGGUCAGAAACCAAAGAAGUUUGUCGAUGACGUGAGGUCUGCAGAUGUUUCCCUGGUUCAAGUUAGCCUGGAGAACAGAAUUGAAAUCGUUGAAACUGGCCAGAACAUGACCAUACCCAUUAUUGUUCGGCACAACGGUGAAUCGUUGUUUUUUAUAACGCCUGUGUUCUACGACUCCCUCACCGAUACAUUUACCGCUAUCGAGUUUAUCAUCCGUAGAGGCUGGCCGAUUGACACAUUUGAAGUUAAUGACUCUGCAAGCGGAUAUUUUACCAUGCGCGAAGUCCAACUUCCACAGGCGGACCAGGAGUCCGGGGGAGACCCUACGUCUGCGGAUGUGCGGAGACUGGACCUGACCCUGGCCACGUCGUCUGGUCACUUCACUGGGAUGGUCCACGUCUCCGGACUCUCUAGUGGGGGUCCGAGCUAUCCCAGGCCUGGCCUACUGAUGACAAGCACGUACUCCGACGUCCCCAUCCUUGUGAAAAGACGAGACCAGGAAUACCCAGUCCCCACAGGGAAGUACUUGUUCCGGCAAGUGAGAAGCGUAACUUGUGCAAGUAGAGGAAGCCAUCGCUCUCCCGGGUCGGAUGACAUUUCAGACUGCACUGUGACUUGCUGGGUAAACGGCAGAGACAUCUCGAGCCUGCGGAUCUACAGGGAAGGAUCAGAAGGACGUGGAGAGAGCACGUCGGUGUCUCAAGUCUAUCAGUACCACGCUGAGGCGUUCCUGAACCUGGGGCCGACGCAGCGAUCACUGGUCGGGAACUAUGUGUGUGAGGUACAGGGGCAAAAUGGAUCUACGGCGAGUAUGACGAUAGUUGUACGUGUCAAUAUGAACGACUAAAAUUGUAAAUACCACGGCGUUGGUUGGAUAACGACACUGCUCCACUGUGGCUCUACAGGACGCACUGAAAGACAUGUUUUACAAUCAUUAAAAUUUCUGGAACUUUUUACUUGACUUUUCUUUCCUCUUGUAUCGUGACGUGUCGAUGGGAGACACAGUUCUCGGCCUAGGACGCCUGCUGUUAAUAAGUUGUCUUUUUACUUCCAUUGGUAGAUGCUACUGGGUGAGUAGUGGCGACAAUUGGUAGGUUACUGAAUUUGCUCUUUGGGUCUUGAAUUCAGUUUCCCUGCCAAAUCCCCCCGUUAUAUGUACAAUAAAAAAUGCUUCCCACAUAUUAAAAUUCC